CCAUCUAGUGACAGUCAGCAGGAACGCAGGACUAUCCAAACAGUGCUGACGCCAGACCCAUGCCAUACCUGCCGGUUGUACCAUCUCUCUCCUGAGUAGCGGAAUAACUGGAUAGUUUCAGCAAAAUAAGGUGAAUGACUGGGAGUAUUUAGGGACGAGUGGAAAUUCGUCCUGUCUUGGCUUGAGGGUUAAACAAGUAGCUGAAUAUGUUUGGUAAAAAGAAACGGCCACCGGUGCCUAAGGGGUCAGGUGCUGCUGCAGCAAAACAGAUGGGUUUAUUUUUAGACUUCAACCCAGAGGACAUGAUUGGUAUGGAUCAAAACAUGGAUGACCAUGACCUGGAGGCUGAAUUAGCUGCCAUCACAGGGACAAGAACCACUGGUGGUGACAAGUCAAAACAGAAGGCUAAGACUCCCCUACCAAUGGAGGACAUAGCGAGAAUGGCAGAUGAGUGUAUGAAAGACUAUGACGAUGAGGAUGAUGAAGAUCUGGAGGAUGAUGAAGAUUUACUGGCUGAGCUACAGGAUGUUGUGGGUGCGGAGGAAGUUGAAGAUGCUGUUACCCCAACCUCUACUGCCUCUGCUGAAACACCAGAAUCACCACUGCAGGUGCAAACAUCAGGGGUCCCUUCAACCCCGGGAAGUCUCCAACACACCCUGGAGGAAAGAGUGGCCAUGUAUAAGACUGCCAUAAGCAACGCCAAGGCCUCAGGGGAGUCGUCUAAAGCUAGGAGAUACGACAGGGGCUUGAAGAGCCUGGAGUCCAUGCUGGCCUCAGUUAAAAAAGGGGGAAAGGUUGACGAGGCAGAAAUCCCUCCACCUGUAGCCUGCAGUGCCCCAGGUGCACCCUCAAGACCCCCUGUCCCUCCACGGCCCUCAGCUCUGGUCACAGCAGACCCCGAGUCCACACCUCCAGAGCAACAGGUGGCGCCAGAGGCUGGUGUUGAGACGCCAUCUGUUUCACCCGAGGUUGAACCCAGCAGUGAGGAGAAGCUGUUGUCCAACACCACCCUGCUUACUGUGGGCAGCCAGCCCACCUCAAAGGAGAACACUGGUCAGGCCCACUCCCCCGUUGGAGACACAACCAAGGAAAUGCUUUUGGAACGUCAGAGAGAGUAUAGGAUGGCUGCUUUAAGAGCAAAGCAGCAAGGGGACAUGGAGCAAGCCAAGCUGUACAUAAGGACCGGCAAGAGGUUUGAUGCGGUGAUCGAAGCCCUGGAGAAGGGCCACGGUGUCGACCUGAGCGGCCUGCCUCCCUCCCCGGCAGACGGGAGGAGCCCCACAGCACCUGUCCCAGUGAAGCAACCCUCCCCUGGGCCAACCGCUAAUUCCACCCCGCCUGCUUCAACACCAACAGCCGUCUCCAGCCCCACCCAGCCCAGGGAUGUCCUGGAGGCUCUGGAGCAGAGGAUGGCCAGGUACCAGGAAGCCUGCGCCCAGGCCAGGGCCAGCGGGGACGAGCGGAAGGCCCGCAUGCACGACCGCAUCGCCAAGCAAUACCAGAGUGCCAUAAGAGCCCACAAAGCAGGAAAAGCCGUGAACUUUGAGGAGCUUCCAGUCCCCCCAGGCUUUCCUCCCAUCCCUGGCCAGAAGGGGGCAGAACCUGAGCAGGGAUUUGCUGCUGUGCUAGAGGCUGCCAAUAAGCUGGCAUCCACAGAAGCCGCUGAAAUGGGGGAGGAAGAGGGAGAUGAUGGGGCGGAGAAAGAACCAGAGGAGACUGCUGUUCCAGACAAGCCAAAGAAGCCUAUGUUGGCCGUGCCCCCCACUGCACAAGGCCCCAGGAGGACCCCACCCCCCUCCCCAGAGAGAACAUCCAAGCUGGAUGGCCUCUCUCCCACUGCGGUUCAGCAGCUGGACUUCCUGGAGGGCCGCAGGAAGCAGUACAUGAAGGCGGCCCUGCAGGCCAAACAGAAGAACGACAUGGAUCAGGCCAGGCAGCUACUGCGCACUGCCAAGGGCUUUGAGCCCAUGAUCGAGGCAACUCGCAGUGGCAAGACUGUGGACAUCAGCAAGGUGCCAUCGCCCCCUGGUGACGAAGACGAGGACUUCAUCCUGGUGCACCACAGUGACGUCCAAAUCUCGGAGAAGGCCGAGGAGGUCUACACUCAACUGGCUAAGAUCUUGAAGGAGCAGUAUGAGAAAUGCAUGACUUACUCCAAGCAGUUCACCCACCUGGGUAACAUCACGGAGACUACCAAAUUCGAGAAGAUGGCUGACAGCUGUAAAAAGAAUCUGGAGAUUCUGAAGUUGUCUCAGUCCAAAAGCCUGGAUCCUCCCAAACAUCAUUUUGAAGAGAGGACAUACCACACUGUCCGGAUUUUCCCAGAUCUGAGCAGCACUGAGAUGGUGGUGGUCAUCGUCGGGGCGAUGAAUCUACCUGCUCCCGCAGGUAUACAAACAAAUGACCUGGAUGCCUUUAUCAAGUUUGACUUUCCAUACCCUAGCACGGAGCAACCCCAGAAACACAAAACGGCUGUCAUCAAGAACACUAACUCACCAGAGUACAACCAGAGCUUCACGUUAAACAUCAACCGCAACCACAGAGGCUUCCGGAGAGUUCUGCAGUCCAAAGGGCUCAAACUGGAGGUGCUGCACAAAGGGGGCUUCCUGCGCAGCGACAAGCCUGUUGGGACGGCCCAGGUGAAGCUGGAGAAGCUGGAGACGCAGAGUGAAAUCAGGGAGAUUGUAGAGGUAAUGGACGGUCGUAAGUCCACAGGGGGUCGUGUGGAGGUACGGGUCCGUCUGAGGGAGCCUCUGAGUGGACAGGACCUUCAGACCACCACAGAACGCUGGCUAGUCCUAGACCAGUCUCAGGUUCUUCUUUAAGUGAUACUGCUGCAACUGGGACGGAAUCUCUAACUGGGUACAGAUGAAGAGCACUUUCUUCUUUCUGAAAGGAGUACAAGAGGAAGAGAGUAAUGAAAGUGAUGGUCUGAUGUCAGGCUAGCAUGUUGAAUCUUCCUGUUUCUGGCUUCUUCACACAGACCAACAGAGGUCUUUUACUUUGAAAAUGUUUGCACACUGAAAUACACAAAGCCCCCCCCAACCUGAUACUGCUGACCAUAGUUUAUAUAUAAUGGCAUCUAUGCACUAAUACCAAAGUAAUCACUGUUGCUGUAAGAUCCUCCAUAUUUGAAAUGUCUUAAGCUGCCAAACUAGGAUGUGAGAUUCUUCUUUUCAAUGUUGUUCCUAGGACUGGUAUUGCUUUCCUCCAGGAGCAUAUCCACAGUGCUUUCAAACACCGAAAUGGCAGGUGCUCAGGCAAGAGCUGGUACCUUUACAGAUGUGUAGUAUUGUUUGUUUACUUAAACAAGCCACUCACUAACACAACUUAAAAGGUAAUAUAGUAGCUGAAUUUGUACUUAUGUGGCGCUUGGCACUUUGGAUUAAACAGAUGUUUGUGCUCAAUGUUGUACUCCAGAUGGACUCAUGACAUGUUACUAAACUGCACAUUUAAAAAAUUUAUCUUUUGGUUGUGCCUCAUUUUUCUUUGAACAAACUAAUGGGUUUAUGCACUAUACAGCAACAAGUUGUAUAAAUUGGAAUCAUAGGAGUAUAUGGAAUCAGGAGUAUAUGAUUGGUAUGAUUGGAAUUAUAGUAUAUCUCUAACCAUAUCUUGAGAAUUUAUUUGUUUGUUUGUGCAAAUUCAGAUUUGGAAAUCAAAAGUUCAUAAGCCAUAAUAUUUAUCAAAAUGUCUGAGCCAAGUAAUUACAUUUUCUUUACUGAUAUACCUCUUCAUCAGAAAGUUAUUAACUCAUGAUACUGUAUUAUAAGUGUGGUCUUAACAUUUCCCUUGUUUUGCUUCUUUGGCUGUUCAGACAUCAGUUAAGUUAUCUUUCUACCCCUCUGUUUGAAAGUAUGUGACUUACCAUGUUUCUUCCAUAAGAAUUUUGCCUAAAAGUCUGUGUGGGUAUUCAAGAAUGUUAUUGUAGCAUUGUUAUUCAGGCUACUCAGUAGAAUGAGACCAUUAGAGACAGUAAAUGGGUUAUCUUUUCUUUCAGUUUGCCUCUUUACGUGUCUGGAUUUCUUCUCUCAACUAAUGGCAAUGGGUACUUUUUUCUUUUAGCCUGAAUAAACUUUCUACCAUAGUCUAUUCUGCAGAUAGCUUCAUGCUGCCUCUAUCAUCACCUGUUAACAUGACAGCAGCAAAAAAGCAGAAUUUUCUAUAAGUUUUAUUAUACAUAUACUACAGUUUUUGACUGAUUUUAUUGACAUUUGUAGUGUACAAUAAAGAAAAGAUGUACAGGG